GAGAGCAGGGGCGUGUUUUCCCGGCUGAGAGAUGGAGAUUCAGUUCUCUGCAUAAUAUUCUCGGUUCAGUUGUUCUGACAUAAUUUUAAAGUACUCGGACAAAAAAGGAGAAAUUUCAUUUAUUUAGUGUUUCAGAGUCACGCUACAGAUUCCCGCGAACAUUCAGAACUAUGAGUGAGAACAGUUCAUCUGAUCCUCCCAACAGCACUCAGGGGCCCAUCACAGAUAUAAAAGCCCCCCAGGAGAAACCGGUGGACAAAGCGGGGAAGAACCCUACACAAGAACCCGAAGAAGAGAUCGACAUUGAUCUGGAUGCGCCAGAGACAGAAAAGGCAGCUUUGGCAAUACAGAGUCAGUUCAGACGCUUCCAGAAAAAAAAGAAGUAGAAAAGGGAAGAAUGAAUGAAAGAAUCAGUGCAGAGGACCUUCCAAAAUAUUCAAAAUGGAAAGAGAUUUAAAAAGGAAGAGACAGGGAAAAGUCAAGUGUGGGUGGGAAAUUAGGGGUUUGGAAAACAAAUGAUAGCCCAGUGGCAUCAACAUGCUGGGUUGAUUAGCGUUUAAGACAAGAAUAGGAAGGAUUUUCACUUGCAGAUUUUGUUCUCAUUGUAUUUGUCUAGAUUUGUCUUUAUCCUUUCUCUCCUCUCCUGUAGACAUAAAUAUAGGUAGAAGCAACAGUUACUGACAUGUGCAACACUAUCUAUUAUUUAAUAUAUUCAGCAUAUCAACGAUGCAACAGCACAAAUGUAAUUGAUAUAAACAUAAGAAUUCAAAGGGCAGUAAAUGAUACGGUAAAACAUGUUGGUGUGAAUUAGUGUUAUAGAUAUGAAGUAGCUUAGUUGUAAAUUAAUUCUUAGAGGUAGCUCUUAAUUGCUUUGUUUUUUUUUUUGUUUUUUUUUUUUUUAAAUGAGAAGCAUUUGAAAAAAUAAGGAAAUUUCCAUAAUACCAUUAUCUUUUUUAUCAUUAAUUAACUACAUUAAUAUGAACUAACAAUGAAAUAUUCUAAAGCAUUUAUUAAAAUUAAUUAUUAAUACAUUAUUAAAAUCAAAAGCUGUAUUGGUUUAUAUUAUUUAAAGGAUCUAAACAUUAAUUAACAGCUGUGUUUUUAAACUAAUGUUAACAAAGAUUAAUAAAUACAGUAACAAAGGAACUGCUCGCUGUUAAUGUAAUUUAAUGCAUUAUUGUAAACCUAAUUGUAAGGUAUUACCGAAAUUUCUUUAUAUCAACAGCAGACCAUAUAAUGAUUAUUUGAUUAAAGAAAAAAUAUAAUAACCUGACAUUAACAAGAAUUAGCAAUAGCCAUAUCUUGCAUAUUUCUGCAUUUUAGACAGGGAUUUAAUCAAGACACCGUUUAAAAUUAAGUAGCUUGUUAUAUUCAAAUGUAUCCCUAUAUUAAACUAGGCAAAUGGCCUUGAAAUACUUGUGAAACAGGCAAAGUAUGAUAUUUUUGUUCAGUUUACUGUAUUUUACCAGCUGGUUGAAUUUAGCACAAGGUCGAGAACCUUUUUAAGGCACGUCAUACUCAGUGAAAUUAGCAAAAUGCCUUUCAUUUUUGCUUUAAUGCCAGAAUUUACAGACAUGCAACAAGAUCCUUGAAUUUUUGGGAACUGGUGAUUCAAAUGGAGAUGAUUAUUAAGGAAAGUGUAACAUUUUGAUCUAUUUUAAGUGUCUUUCUUGUUCUCCUUUCCCUAUAAUUAAAACAGUCUCUACAGAUAUCUCAGAAUAGCUCAUAAUAAUGAGAGCAGUCUAUAAACACUCAAGAUGAUCUCACAGUUAAUGGGACAAAUGAUGUCUGUAGUUGCAUUGAGACAGGCGCGAUCAUCUGUUUUUGAUUGUUCUCAAAUAGUCACUGGCAAUGCAAUAAUUGAACACAUCUGUUAUGAUUCUGUACAUUUUAUAUAAACUAUGACACAUUUUAUUGUU